CUUGAAUGUGGGGUGGGGUAAGAUCUCUGACCUCGACCAUUUAGUCAUUGCAUUCUGAACUACCUUCCACGCCAAUGACAUCUCAGCUGGACACUCUUCUCAAUGUGUUGCGAACGACAACUGUCGCCGGAGUCUCGCUUUCGACCAUACUUCAAGGAGCGGCCAUAGCUAUCAUUGGUUCGUUUGCCAUUUCAAAACUGUCUGGCAAGAAACGUACCGUGGACGCUGCGAAAAAGCCUCGUGAUACUGUCCUGCUUUAUCAAUUCUACACAUCAGAUAAGGCUAAAGUUCAACUGUCUCCGCCCUGUUUGAAGCUGGAGGCAUAUCUGAGGGUCAACAAAGUUCCCUACAAAGACUGUCGUGUACACUCUCCCGCAGGAUCUCCUAAAAAGACGGCCCCAUAUGUCGAGUACAAUGAUAUGGGAAUGGCUGACAGCACGUUGAUUAUCGACUGGCUUGAGAAAAAUGGGGUAGUUUCUCCCAUGGAUGCGCAUUUAACGCCUGUCGAAAAGGCGCAGGUUGAAGCAUUUCGGUAUCUAUUCGAAGAAGGACUCUACUGGCAGAUGUUGCAUUCUCGUUGGCAGCACGACCCAAAUUGGGCAUUCGUUCGCAAUUUGUUCUUUUUCAAGGUUCCUGGCAUUUUCAAGUAUAUUCUAGCUUUCCUCGUUCGCAGAGGUCAGGUUAAGGCCUUGAAAACACAGAAAAUCGGACGCCAUACUUUUGAAGAGACUCUAAUCUUUAGUGGCAAAGUAAUCCAAGCUGCAUCGGACUUGCUUGGUGAUAAAAAGUACAUGCUAAGCAACACACGAAUGUGUAGUCUGGAUAUGAUCGCAUUCGCCAACCUGUCCAAUGUGUUGUACCUGGAUCUACCUGAUUCGCGAAUGCAGCAACAAGUGGCCGCCAAGAAGAAUUUAGUAGACUACUGUGAUCGAAUGAUGGCUGAAAUAUUCCCUAAUGGCUAUGGCCGUUGAUGUUUACAGUGACACUAUCUGAAAUACCAAUCUACGAACUUUUUGCCUUGAGGAUACAAGUGGACAUUAGAAUCUAGAUGUUACCUUUCACAUUCUGUUAAAUCUAAAAUGUCAACUAUAAGUUCCUUGAUUCGCUCUACCUUCCCA